UGACAAACAUGCAGCAGUCCGAAUGAACCUCUCUAAACGAUCAUAAACUACAAACCAUGGGGUUCGUCUUUCAAAGACAGCGCUAUAUACCGAAACAUUUACAUAUAUUUUACUAACCGUUGUUUGACAGAGGCGUCUGUCCUCUCGCGCUUGUUUGUUUACGUCUAGUUUCAUGAUAUAAAGUAAAUUUAUGGUCGCUAUGGAUUACCUGCUGCAGGUGAAAGUUGGAGCUCUGGUUGGGCUGCUGUUCCUAACUCUGUUUUUUGGUUUUAUCCCAGCGCGGAUGAAAUGGUUUCAAGUCUCUAGUGGAACAGCGACCCACAGGGCUGUGCUGAGUUUUGUGAGCUGCUUCGCAGGUGGCGUCUUCCUGUCUGCCUGUUUGUUAGACAUCAUCCCAGAUUAUCUUUCCGACAUACAUGAAGUGCUACAAAAACAAGGCCUUGAUGAAGGAUUCCCGCUUGCAGAGUUCAUCAUUGCGUGUGGCUUCUUCACUGUCUUGAUCUUGGAAAAGAUAGUUCUGAGUUGCACAGAGGGCCACAGAAAUGAGGAGACGGCUCCUCUUAUAGCUCCUGCAGGUAACGGACAUGCCCAUGGACAUCCCUCUGUGAUUGAUCUGGAGGGGAGCGGUCACCACGUCCACGUGGAUUUUCACGCACACUCGUCCUUCCGCUCCUUCAUGCUCUUCCUGUCUCUCUCUCUCCACUCGGUGUUUGAGGGUUUGGCCAUUGGCUUGCAGACCACAGACACAAAGGUGCUGGAGAUCUGCAUCGCUAUCCUGGUCCACAAGAGCAUCAUCGUCUUCAGUCUGUCGGUGAAGCUGGUCCAGAGCGCGGUCAGGCCCCUGUGGGUGGCGCUCUAUGUAGCUGUCUUCGCUAUGAUGUCUCCUCUGGGCAUCGGCAUCGGCAUCAUUGUGAUCGAGGCUCAGCUGAAGGCUGGUGCUUUCAUCCAGGCGGUGCUGGAGGGGAUGGCGGCCGGGACGUUUGUCUACAUCACCUUCCUAGAGAUCCUUCCCCAUGAACUGAACUCCCCUGAGCGACCUCUGCUCAAAGUGUUCUUCCUCCUGUGUGGUUUCUCAGUAAUGGCUGGUCUGUGUUUCAUGGGCUGAAAAAUACUUUCCCUGUGGCCAGAAAACUGCAGCCUCCAGCAAAUUGCACUGAGUUAGCCUUCACAAACUGCAUGUGAUUUCAAGAAAACGAAAGGCUCAGUUCGCUUGCUUUUUAGAGAAAUGAUAUUUUCAGAUGCGGAUGUCUUUAAAAACUUUGACCUGAUCAUUGAUCAGUUUUAAAACGAGGAAACAUUUUUUUUCCUCAGCAUGGAGAAACAUAUAUAAAUUUAGACUUUUACAGAUUUUUUUUUUUGUUUACUUGACUUUGUUUUAGCUUUUUUUAAAACUCUUCAUAUUUUUAUCUGUGAAAUUCUUUGGUGUUUUUUCUUUGUCAUGCAUAACACUAUCCAUAAACCUCCAGCUUUCUUAAUCAUCUUUAUACAUUAUGAACACCGUUUGCAAUAUUUCUGAAUGUUACAUACAUUUAUUUAGUAUUGGUUUUCUCCUUCUAUAUGCUAAUGUUAUGAUUGAACAGUUUGGAUUUACAGAUUUGACAGUAAAAUAAGACAAACUGUGUAUAACUAGUAUUGUGUUUUUUAAAGACUACAUAUUGAAGUAUGAUUAUGCAACAUAUUAAAGCAAUGUAAAUAUAUUUCCAUUUCAAACAGCAUGCCGUUUAAGUUGAGAGGCGUUGCUGUGCCUUUAUUUGAAAGAAGACUUAACAAAUAGCAUGUUACUGAUUCAGGUGCUAAAAAGCCUUUUAUUAAACACUAGCACUAAAUCCUUUCAAAGUUAAUGUUUCAACACUGGGUUUCUUUUAGUUUGCUUUCUGUUUCAAUAUGCACUAUCUGGGGUACUAAAAAGCAAAGUAUGGUUGUGAAACUGUUCAAACUUCAGACUUGAUCUUGCAGAACCACAUUUAGCCUCUAGAUGUCGAGCUUCUUCACAUAAUGUUGGUUAAGUGUUGACUGUCUUUAAAAACUCCAUUCUACUUGGUACUGUUUUUGCAGUUUGAAAUUUUUGUGUAGAGUUCCUAUAUGAGUUGUUACUGCACACAGUCAGAGCACAGUGCAUUAGAAAAUGUAUCCCACAAUGCAGUGUGCUCAAACAUCUUUUUCCAGUGUAAUAUUACAUUCUUUCUAGGCUCAUUUAAUCAAGCUAUACCCUGGCAUUUGUACAUAAAACUGGAAUAGAAAUGCAGUGUUUGAUUGAUAACUGGACACCACUAAUUAAAUUGUUGUUUAAUUGAGGUCAUCUCA